CGGAGUCGUCUGUGUCGUGGAGAGCGCCGUGCCGCCUCGUCCGGCCGAGGGAUAUCUGUGUUACCAUGGCGACCAAGACGACAACGGCGCAGUGGAUCGACGCUAAUAAAGCGUCGUUCCUGCCCCCGGUGUGCAAUAAAAUGCUACACGGCGAUGGCCAACUGAAGGUCUUCUACGUUGGUGGCCCGAACGUGCGAAAGGACUUCCACCUGGAGGAAGGAGAGGAGGUGUUCUACCAGAGGCAAGGCGACAUCAACGUCGUGACCCUGCAAAACGGCGAGUUCAAGGACAUCAAAAUCAAGGAAGGGGAGAUUUUCUUGCUCCCGGGUAAGAUCCCGCACUCGCCGCAGCGCUACCAGGACACCACGGGGAUGGUGAUCGAACGGGAGAGGGUCAAGGACCAGGAGUACGACUGUCUUAGAUACUACGUGGGCGAGACAACAAACAUUUUGUGGGAGCGCUGGUUCUACUGCGUUGACCUCGGGUCACAGCUCGGGCCGGUCAUCAAGGACUUUUUCGACUCUGAGGAGCACCGCACCAACCAGCCGGGACUCGGAUCCUUCAUGUGUCCGGCGUACUUCGAACCGGAUCCAGUCAGACAGACGGAGGAGCCGUUCUCGCUGCAGCAGUGGAUCACUAAACACCGCUCUGAACUGGACUCCGAGGGCAGUAAGCGGCUGUUCGACCUCACCUACCAGACCGAUGUGCUCGCGCUGGGGGAGGGCAAGCUGAAGGCGCACAACCCGCGCGCCGAGACCUUCCUCUGGCAGAUCGAGGGUAGCUGCGAGGUCGAGGUGGCCGGUGAGCUGCACACCCUGGAGGCCGACUCCACGCUCCUGGUGCCCGCCGACGCCGUGUUCACGUCCUCCCGGCCCGAGGGCGGCGUCACAAUGAGCAUCACCAUGGACCCGCUGACCAAAAGCCGGGCCUUCGGCCACCUAAACCAGUGAUUGACAUCUCCUAGCGCCAUCACAAUGGGCUGACCAGGGACGAAGCGUCCGGUCACCUGAACCAGUGAAAUACGACCUCCGGGCAUGCGUAGAACAGUGGAAAAAGACACCUGAGACUGAAAGACAGCUUUCGGAUACUACGACAGUGAACCACGCCCUCCAGACAUUUGUGACAGUAGACCACAGCAUCCGAGACAGUGGACCGCGACAUCUGAGACAGUGGACCCACGACAUCUGAGACGAUGGACCGCGACAUCUGAGACGGUCGACCCUCGACAUCUGAGACGGUGGACCGCGACAUCUGAGACGGUGGACCCACGACAUAAGAGACAGUGGACCCACGACAUCUGAGACGGUGGACCGCGACAUCUGAGACGGUCGACCCUCGACAUCUGAGACGGUGGACCGCGACAUCUGAGACGGUGGACCCACGACAUAAGAGACAGUGGACCCACGACAGCUGAAACGGUGGACCGCGACAUCUGAGACGGUGGACCGCGACAUCUGAGACGGUGGACCGUGACAUCUGAGACGGUUGACCGCGACAUCUGAGACGGUUGACCGCGACACCUGAGACGGUCGACCCUCGACAUCUGAGACUGUGAACCACGACAUCUGAGACAGUGGACCCUCGACAUCUGAGACAGUGGACCCUCGACAUCUGAGACAGUGGAGUAGACCACGACCUUCGAACGCCUGAGACGGUCGCCCAUGACUUUCGAACAUCUCAGACAGAAGCCCAUGACUUUUGAACGCCUGAGGAAAUGGCUCACGACUUUCGAACGCCUGAGACAGUGGAACACGACACCUCAGGCACUGGACUAUUACACCUGUGACGAUGAACCACGACCUCUGAGACAAAGAAACACAAACUUCGACUGCGUGAGCCGCAACGGUGAAGGUAUGACGUUCGAAGGUUGAGCAGGCACAGGGAAUAGCAGCGACACUUAAAAGUGGGCGGCGCGUGACAAUGCAAAGGACAGCAAAGGUCAGGGACCAAAAGUGCAAAUGUGUUAUCAAAAGGAGUGCACAUUGUGCCGAAGUUUAUGCUACGUAGAAUGGCUUUUUGGGGAAAGUGCAAUCUAAUUGGUAGAUGCCUGGAAGUGCUAAUGCUAGGCUGUGCUUCAUGUAUUAGUGAUGUGCUUCCUGUCCGUUAUACAGGGUGAUCCAAAAAUUUUGGAACCCCUAAUUUAAAAUGUCUAUAAGUCCAAAAGUAUUCAUUUUAUUGACAAAUUGCAAACACCAUUAGAAAAAGCAUUAAAUCCUCUAUAAAACCACGUCAAGUUGGUGCAUGUAUGCUGUAAUCGCCAAUUGUUAACAAUGCACUGAAAUCCGUUAGCACUCCAUCUGUUGUUUUUUACGAACAACACCACAUACAAAUUCAAUUUUACUACAUACAGGUUUACGCAGAAGCACACAAUGAAACAGAUACACGCAUCCUAGCUUCCGCUGUUCAUCUCAGCAUGUGCUCAAACCGAGCUCCGUGGGCCGUCACGCAGGCCUGCAGUCGCUUGCGGACGGCUCAAACUGCGCGGGCCAGCAGUCUCUGGGACAACUGGUCCCAGCAGGCCGUCAGCCUUUCCUUCAGCUCCUCGAUGGUGCUGAUCCUCUUGACCUCUGUACACCAUUCGCUCCAGUUCGCUCCACACGAAUAAGUUAAAAGGGUCGAGGUCAGGACUCUGCGGUGGCCAGGCAUCUGGCUCGAUGAAGGCCGAGCAGGCCUGUUCCUGAAACUCGACCACUGAGUGGGCCGUGUGGCACGGAGCUCCGAAUGACAUUUUUUUGCUCCUGUUGAAAUUUAAAUUCAUUACAAUAGCACGUAAAUGAGCUAUUUUUAUUCAUGAACCUCCGACAUGCGACAUUGUCAGAACAGCAAACCGCAAAUCAGUGAUUCGCGGAUAAUGUUGAAAACCGUUUCACUGAUUUUCGUGACACAAAUUUUAUAGGCAUACAACUAGGGUACCUAAUAUUUAUAGUAAUAGUUAAGUUCAAUUAACUUGAUUUUAUAGAGAAUUGAACGCUCUUUCUAAUGAUGUUAACAAUUUGUCAAUAAAGUGAAAACUUUCGGACUUACAGACAUUUUAAGUUAGGGGUUCCAUUUUUUUUUAGAUCAUCCUGUAAGUACUCAUACUCGUCAUGUUGUAAAGUUCAAAACUGUGAUGAAAUAAAUCAAAACAUUAUAACAUUUGCUUUUGAAAUUCAUGCAUUAUUGCUUGAAAUAUGCAUUGGACGUACCUAUAUAAAAUACACCAAUAACCAACAA